AAGACACUAGCAAAAGCUACUUUGGCCAAACGCCAGAGCGCGGCUCCUAGCGGCUAUCUCGCGCGUGCGCGGCUGCCACGAGGUCGCCAGACACUCAGCGUCUCCUGCUGCUCCACCUGUGGCGGCUCGGAGGCUCUCCGGCUCCGCUGAGGCCUGAGAGGCCAUUAGCUCUGCCUAGCCAUUUUUCGCCGGCGCGGAGGGUUUGACCAAUCAAAAAUGGCCGAGGACGAGCCCGCGCCAGCCACAAUCACAAAGACGGCCAACGCGCUAGCCCAGGCCGCGGAAUUCGCGUUAGCCUCGCUCGUCAACCUCGGCUGGACGUGGCCGAACAUCGCCUUCGCGAUCGCAGCGGCCACGACGGCCGCGACGGGCCGCUUCCCGCGGUCGGCGACGAUCCUCGGCUUUAUCCUGUUCGUGCGCCUCAUCCGCUUCCCCGAGGGCCCCAUGAGCCGCAGCGAUCAACCGGCGACCGGUGAAAUGGUAGACCUCCCGACCGGCGCGACGCACUACGAGUGGCUCGAGGCCACGACAUUGUUGAGUGAGGUGCCCGUCGUCGUCGUGCACGGCUUUAGUGGAGAUUUAAAUGACGUGCGGCCGCUCGCCGCGCGGAUCCGGGACGCGGGCCACCGCGUCCUCGUCUAUGAUUUAGUGGGGAGAGGCUACAGCGCGUGCCGCGGCGAGCGCCACACGUGCCGCCUCUUCGUGUCGCAGCUCUCGGAGUUGCUGAGCGCGCUCCAAAUACAACGCGCGCACCUCGUGGGCAACUCGUUGGGCGGCGGCGUCGCGAUCGAGUUCGCGCGCUACUUCCCGCAGCGCGUCGAGUCGCUUGCAUUGGUCGCGCCCGUGGGGCUGCGGCUGGCGAAGCGCACGUACGUCUUGACGCGCGCGCCGCUGGUGCCGGACGUGCUCUUCCGGUGCUUCCUGCAGUUCUCGCUGCUCUUUGGGCUGGAGUACGAGUGGGCCGACGUCAAGAAUCCCAAAUAUAGAACCAUGGUGCAGGCUUAUAAAAGGCGGGUGGCCGAGGAGCCCGCGCUCGGGCGGUCGCUGCUGUCGACGGCGCGGCACUUCCCCUUCGAGCAGCUGGGGCCGGCCUUCGCGGCGGCGGGCGCGCUGCCGCGGCCGGUGUUGGUCGUGUGGGGCGACGGCGACCGGACGUGCCCCUGCGCGGCGCGCGACGUGCGGCGCCUCGUGCCGCGCGCGGACGUCGUGGUGGUGCGCGGCGCGCGGCACUGCGUCUACACGGAAUUUGUCGGCGAGAGCGCGCGCGCCGUCGUGGACCACCUCCGGCGGGCCGUGGCCUAGUGUUUUCCCCUUUUAACUUUUGUGAUCUUGAAA